CCCCGAGCGUUGUCGAGAGGAUAUUAUAAAAACCUGAGAACGGCCUUCAAGGAAACUUCAUUAAAAGUUAGGUCUUAGGCUAAAAAGGUAGAGAGUCUCGGCGAGGAUCCAAUUCCUUUGGUUUUUCAGCAUAGAGAGGAAUUAUGGACGUUUUUGCCAUUUUCUCAUGGACUCCUCACACGAAAAAAUCCGGAGUUUGUUGCAGAUACAGAGACGAUAUUUCAUUUUCAUGUCAUUUUUCAAUGUUUUAUAUAGUCCAGAUUAUAGCAGACUUCAUACAGUCUGCCUCCGAGCUCUUGCGCUUUUUGGUUCUGAGCAUCAAGUUUAGGCAAACAAUUUUUGACAAGAGCAUGAAUUUUGUGUCCGUGAAGGCAUUUUUUAUGAAAAAGGAGAAGAAAAAGCAGAUUUUUAUGUUUGCUUUUAUAAUUUCAAAACAUUACUUGAGGCAUAGCCCGAUAGGAAACCCAUAAAUAUAUGGUAAGUUGCUGUCACCUCAUAAUUGAUUAAAUUUGAUACGAAAUAACAAUCACGACGCAGAGUCCAGCGACUCACCCCUUUAAACUACACGGCCCACAAUGCAUAGCAGAACGUGACGUCACUCAUUUCGGCACCGGGCUGCUGCCAGACUGCUACCGACAGCUGAGGACUUCCAGACGUGGGAUCCCGGCACAGUACGGCCUUAUAUCGUCGAAACGUUGGAGUCUACAGUGUGUUUAAAUGGCGAAAACGUACGAUUAUCUCUUCAAGCUGUUGCUCAUCGGAGACAGCGGAGUCGGCAAGACAUGUCUGCUUUUCAGAUUCAGCGAGGACUCCUUCAAUACCACCUUCAUAUCCACAAUAGGAAUAGACUUCAAAAUCAGAACAAUAGAGCUGGACGGAAAAAGAGUCAAACUUCAGAUUUGGGACACUGCAGGCCAGGAGAGGUUUCGCACCAUCACUACAGCUUACUACAGAGGAGCAAUGGGCAUCAUGUUGGUGUAUGACAUCUGCAAUGAGAAGUCCUUCGAAAACAUAAAAAACUGGAUUAGAAAUAUUGAAGAGCAUGCCUCAUCUGAUGUGGAGAAGAUGAUCCUGGGUAACAAAUGUGACAUGACUGACAGGAGACAGGUGUCCAAAGACAGAGGUGAAAAACUGGCUAUUGAUUAUGGAGUUAAGUUCUUGGAAACCAGUGCAAAGUCUAGCUUAAAUGUAGAAGAGGCAUUUUAUACCAUGGGAAGAGACAUCUUACAUAACCUGAGCUCAAAGACAACUGACAACAAUGCCGGAGGAUCAGGCAAACCAGUCAAGAUCACAGAGAAAAAGUCGAAGAGAAUAAAACUCUUGAAGUGUUCGCUCCUCUAGGCCGCUCAUGUCUAGUGUUUGCGGCUCUAGCUUGACUUUGCUGUUUGGGAGGGUUCCUUCCUGCCUCCCGGAUGACCUCGCUGCAGCGGAAGCAGCGGUCACAUUCAGAGGGCCCUACUGCCAGCUGAAGCUCACAGGUUCAUGAGUGGUUGAGAUGCCAUCCUGAUCUGCUGACCAGAAGAGGAUCAGUGAGGAAUGAGGCCUGUAUAUCCGCUCAUGCAAAAGACUUGUGCGUGAACGCCAGCAUUGGUUUGUAGCUGGCCCUGCAGCCUCUGCUCACAGGAGGCAGUGAUUCUGCUGGCAUAUAUAAUACCUCUGUUGAAUCUUAUGAGAAUAUCUAAGUUACACGUAGUUGUCUUAUGAUUUAUUUUAUCUUUCAUAAAUUGUAGCAUUGUUUUAUACAAACUACCUAUUGUCAUAUUUACUACUGUGAUGCUGCGAGAUGGACAUAUCAAGUCUCAGCAUUGAUUGUAUUUGUGUAAAUUCAUGUAUAUCAGUAUGCCUCUUGUCUCCUGUUGCACUGGCAUCAUUUGUAUUUGUUCAUGUAUGCCUAUAAGGAGUCACAGAAUUGUGAUAGAAAGACAAAAAUAUGUAUAAAUAUAAUCGAUUUUUAUUCUUUUUAAUGAAACCUUUAUUUAUACAGGUUUCUGUGUCAAAAUGAAAAAAAAGAGAGGUUGUUUGUUUCCUGGGGGUUGUACUUACUACAUAUUGUUGUGCGACCAUCAGUAUUUGCAUGAAAGCCGUCGGGAUACCUCUGAGUGGAUCAGUAUUAAGCACAUUUUACAAUAUCUGAAAAUACAGUGUUUACAGACAGUAUUUGAAGGUGUCAUUUGUAUGUAGGAAGUUCAUGUUUUUGCUGUUCACAUGUCAGCACAACUAACUGUUGUGUGCAUACUUUAUUUUCAUUUAAACUGUGGACAUCUAACCAGUUCCCUUGACAUCUCCAGCUUUAAAAGACAUGAUGGGGAAAGCUGUAAUGUUAAAGAUUGUAGCUACUGUAUGUUACACCAAUGAAAACGUAAAGACAGUAAAGAAAGUGGAUCUUUAAAAGAGAGAUGUUUGUUGAUUUUUACUACUCUGCACUGACAGCUAACAUUUACUGCAUCGUUGA